GUCAACAACGCGGGUGUAUUUCACGCCGGGUUUGCCGAAUGGGGUGAAGGGGUGGACGCGUAUCGGCGGACACUGGAUGUGAAUACGUUGGGCGCCAUUCGUGUGACGCGAAAAUAUUUGCCACUUUUGCGCCAAUCGGGCGGACGAGUGGUGAAUGUGUUGAGCUUCGCCUCCCGACUGGCCAUCGAUGGCUACAGCGCUUAUUGUGUCUCGAAAUACGCUUUACUCGCGUUUAACGACUCGUUAAGGAGAGAGAUGUUUAGGUUUGGCGUCAAAGUAAUCAGUGUUGAGCCCUCUUGUUAUCGGACACCGAUAGCACAGUUAGAAGCUGUGAAUCGAUUGCAGGAUAAGGUUUGGUCGGAGAGCUCGCAAUCGGUUCGCGAAGACAAUGGUAUAGAAAGUGUGGAAAACUCCAAGUCUUCGUACGCGAGACAAGUGGGAAGAGCUCGCGAUCCCAACGAAGUGGUCGACGCUCUCAUACGGGCUGUCAUUACCGAAGAGCCGGACGUUAGAUAUCAAUGCUCUGGUAUUUUGGCCGCUAUUAUCGUGUCUUUUGCGGAACUGUUGCCGAUUUGUGUGUUUGACUCGUUUUUGGCGGUUUGUCUAUCGGUU